UAGUGCCAAUAGGUAGACGAUGGCAGUUAAGGAAUACUGUCAAUAUUUUCGCUCGGCUGUAGAAGCAAAGCCUGCUGUGGUUGGAGUGGGGACUGAAAACAGCUUGUCUCUUCCUACUGAGGUUUUGACAAGGAGAGGAUCCCUCUUGCUAACAAAGCUUCCCUCUUCUAGACGUGGCCAUCAACCAAAGCAUGUUGGCUUCUUCUCUCCAGUCAAUCAACCUUACAGGUCAUUUGGCUCACUUCCAGAGUCUCAUGUAUUCGAAUGGCUGGCUCACUCCUUUGAGAUAAAGCCACCUAAAUAUACUAUGUACUCUCGCCCACCGGUUUCUUGGAAGCAAAUAGAAUCAUGUCAAUUAACAACACCAUUGAUCAGAGUUCCAAUGAUCAACAGCAGGCAGAAAGGAACAACUCAGCCCAUUAACUUGCUUAGGGCAGGUAUGUCCACGCUACAAGUACAUAUGGCUGCUUUAGAGAAGUCUAGUCAAGGAACAUAUAUUGGAAUCCCAUACAACUGCACUAUUAUUGGAAGGACUGAUAAGAAGUCUGGUAAUGAAUUGGUUCCACAUCGUCCUGAAUGCAGUGCAAGUAUUGCAGCGACCAUAAUGACUAGUUAUGCUGCUUCCCGUUUCAAGCGUACAUUAGAAAGAAGUGUAGCUAGAAGGAAUAAAAUUCAAGCUGAAGAAGCCUACCUAAGCAAGCUUCAGUUUAUAAUGAACAUACUCUGUUUUCUGCACAAUGUGAAAUCAAGGGAUUUGAAAGGGAAGAUGCCACUUCAGGCUUCAGUAGUACAAAACUUAUGCUUACAUUAUCCUCCAGUCUUUAAGGAUAGGAAUGGCCCUGAUUCAGGCCAUGGCACGCGUCAGUUUUUAAAUAAAUUGCCUCAUGAAGGUCAUGCAGUCCAUGAAAAAAAGGCUCCAAACCUUUUUGAUUCUAGAAUCCCACCAUGGCAUAUGCAAGUAGUUUUCAUUGAUGAGAAAGAAGAAGCAAGAGGUGACAUAGAGACAAGAUUGAAAAUGUGCUACGAUCGAUUCAAGCAGCUUAAAAUAGACAACAGCUGGAAAAUGAAAGAAGAGAUAGAGGAACGGGCAAGGGUUUCGUCAAGGCUGCUCCAGUUAAAGCUGAAUGAGCUAAGGUUCGGUCCUAACCCGAUUAGACAGUUCAACAUAAUGAGAGACAAAGCAAAACUGAUUGUCAAGCAAGAGAAACAAGAGAGAGACAACAAACCGAAAUGGUUUUUAAUAAUACAAAAUGAAGUACAGAGCACGUUGAAGAGCAACAGUGCUUAUGAGUCAGGAUUACAAUACCUUGAGAAGCUGGACUUGUUCACUACUGCACAUACAAAUGAAAUAAAUCAUGUACUGGAGAAAUUCUGCUUAUAUUUCAUGUCAACACCAGCCCACACAGUCUGUACUACACCAUCAAUUGAAGCUAUUAAGUUUGUGCUAGAGAAAAUACUUAAAGUUUCAUCGAAACUCUGCAAGCAGUGGCUUGAGCUAAGAGGGUUGCCAUGGCACCAACAUUUCUAUUGACAACACAACAACAGCAAA